GAACGUGUUCCUGAGGCAGCGUGAACGCGCCGAUCUGAAAUCCACGGUCACUCUGGUCUGUCAGUCUUCUUUUGUGUGUGUGUGUGUGUGUGUGUGUGUGUGUGUGUGUGUGUGUGUGUGUGUGCCUCCCUCCUCUCCUUCUCCAGCCUCAUGUUCACGCACACCAGCGCAGAGCCGGAGCAGUUCAGCUGAGGAGCCGGCGGCCGGCGGAAUCCACUGAGCGGUGACAGGAUGCGGUGCCUCAAGUUCUGGGGACCAUGUUCGGUUGGGUUUUAUAUUUGGACGGCCUUGCUUCUCAAAGGAUCCCUGCAAGGGGAACACCAGCGGAGGCUGUACAAAGAGCUGCUGGCUAACUACAACAGACUGGAGAGACCCGUGGUAAAUGACUCCGCUGCCAUCUUGGUGGAGCUGGGCCUCACACUGCUACAGAUCAUAGACGUGGAUGAGAAAAACCAAGUGCUGAUGACCAACGCCUGGCUGCAGCUGUACUGGACAGAUAUCUACCUGAGCUGGAAUCCAGAAAACUAUCCCGGAGUCCAGAACCUGCGUUUCCCUUCAGACCAGAUCUGGACCCCUGACAUCCUCCUCUACAACAGUGCGGAUGAGCGGUUCGACGCUACCUUCCACACCAACGUGCUGGUAAAUGCCUCAGGUUACUGCCAGUACAUCCCCCCUGGCAUCUUGAAGAGCACCUGUUACAUCGACGUACGUUGGUUCCCCUUCGACGUUCAGAAAUGUGACUUGAAGUUUGGCUCCUGGACGCACAACGGCUGGCUGCUGGACCUCCAGAUGCUGGAUGUGGACACGUCCACCUACAUACCCAAUGGAGAGUGGGACCUCGUGGGUGUGCCAGCAAAGAGAAAUGAGCUAUACUACGACUGCUGUAAAGAGCCCUACCCUGAUGUGACGUUUACAGUCACCAUGCGCCGCAGGACUCUUUAUUAUGGACUCAAUCUGCUUAUUCCGUGUGUGCUGAUCUCUGGCUUGGCCCUGCUGGUGUUCCUGCUACCUGCGGACUCUGGGGAGAAGAUUUCUCUGGGCAUCACUGUGCUGCUUUCGCUGACUGUCUUCAUGCUUCUGGUCGCAGAGAUCAUGCCCGCCACGUCCGACUCCGUCCCUCUGAUCGCCCAGUACUUCGCCAGCACUAUGAUGAUUGUAGGAAUGUCUGUGGUGGUGACCGUUAUAGUCCUGCAGUUUCACCAUCAUGACCCUCAUGGAGGCAAGAUGCCCAAGUGGGUUCGGGUGGUUCUGUUGAACUGGUGUGCCUGGUUUCUGCGGAUGAAACAACCUGGAGAUUAUCGCAAGAGGCCCAAUUACAAGUACCGUCACUCCACCCAGCACCACUCCAGCACCAGCUCCAUAGAGAUGGGCACAGUACCGAGCCUCACUGUGCCCCUCUCACAGACGUCCUGCCCCCCAUGCCCCACAGGCACCUCUAACGGUUCCAUGAGCCUCUACUUUGGCAAUUACCAUCCCAUAGAUGGCCCACACUGCCCCCCCUCGAGCGACUCCGGGGUGGCGUUAGGCGGACGUGUCUAUGGCUCCCCCGGCGAUGAGGCUGAGCCACCUGGAGGAGUUGGCAGCGGUGUUGGAGGCCUUGGGAUGGGAGUUAGCAUCCCCCCACCAGAGAUCCAACACAUCCUGGAGGAGGUGUCGUACAUAGCCCAGCGGUUCCGGGACCAGGACGAGUCUGAGGCCAUCUGCAGCGAGUGGAAGUUUGCAGCGGCGGUGGUGGACAGGCUGUGUCUGGUGGCCUUCUCUCUCUUCUCUAUCAUUUGCACCUUCACCAUUCUCAUGGCAGCACCCAACUUCAUAGAGGCUGUUUCCAAGGAUUUUACAUAGCUGGCUGCAGCAGCAAGAUAGAGGGUGCAAACAUAAUUAGGGAUAAAGAAGAGGCUACGAGAGGAAGUGGAGAGGGAAAUGAAAGAGUGCAGUACUGUAUGUGGUCCUCAACCUACAAUCUGGAAACCCCAUUGGAUAGGGGCCACACAGUGUUUUAUGAUGAAAAAUGAUAGUAUCUCCAGAAACUUAAUGGGCCUCGCAGAUCUGCCAAGCUGCUGAAUCAGAAAACAAAAUAUUUGUGAUUGAUAGGCAAAUAAUUACAAAGACACGUCUUUAUGUUUGAUUGGGGAAUUCCAAAUUAAGAAAAGAAACAAACAUUUAUUGUGCCACCCUGUUUUGAUGCCAGAGUCAUUUUCUUCAUACAGCAUAUAGAAGAUGAAAAGAGGUUUGUCGUGUAGACUUAACAGCAAAGGCACAGGGAACGCAAGAGGCAAAAGGUUGGUAAUCACUGGGGCAGAACAGAAAUGCACUGCAUUGAUAUUCUUUUUUUAUAUUGAGUGAGAGAUCCGUUUGGGACAGAUGACGGUUGUCUACAGUGUAAAUAUCAUUGUCAAUUGUGUCUCAGCACCACGCUCCACUCCACUGCCUCUUCUCUCGUUCAUUUCUGUCAUCUCAACCGCUGUUGUACAAAUUCCUACAUUCAAAUGCAUAAACAUCACCUCAGUCCGAGCUUGUACACCGACCGUUACCUUUCUGAACUCUUGAUAAAGAAGUCUCAUAUCUGUUUCUGAGGAUGUACCAUCUCUGUAAUGAUGUUAGUAUAGCUACUAAAAUGAGAUGUUUCACUGUGAAUUUUAUUGUUUUGGGUUUUUCUUCAAUCAACAUCGCAUUGGACACAACUCUAUUGCUUUGACACUUGUGUAGAGGUAUUUUCUUUAUUCAACAGUGUAGGGAUGCUCAUUAAGGAUCACUUUGUCUUGCCUAGUUAAUUUAGUCAAUAGUCAACCACAAGUUAGGACAGUGUGAUAAUGAAAACAUCCGGCAUAUUUCAUCAAAAAGCACCGUGUUGACUUGUACGUACUUGUUUUGACCAGUAACUCGAGACAGUAACUGUCUUUCUAGAAGUGCAGUCCAAUACUGUAUGGUAAACUGUACAAUACAAUAUUGAUCUAUCUCAAGGGAACAGGUCAAGUAGGUACAAUAGUUUUGAAAAAAAACAAAAAAAACAUCUAAUUGCUGUAAAAAUUCAUAGCGAUAUGACUUUUGAUCCUUUGACACCUCAGACAAUCGCUAGAGGCUGAACAGCAAGAGGUGAAUGAACUACUCAACCCCAUACAACGCAAUAUCACUGUAGAUUUUAAAAGUUCCUUGUGUCAGUACGUUUUGCCUGUGUUUUGUUGAAGGGAGCUAAGUGACAUAUUCAUACAACAAUGACGUUAAUGUGUUAAGUUCCACCUCCCAGACACCUUUUUUUGUAGCUACAGUUAUUGAUCCCCUUUUCUCUUUCUCUGUCCGUGUCAUUUUUUUGAUCUCUGUCAAUAAAAGUCUAUUUAUUCUCUGUA